AGCAAAGAGCAUAAAGUUUGUCAAGUCAGUCUUUUCUUUAAUUUUCUCGUGAGCGGAUGUGUUUACGCGAUGGUGCAAUAAUUUAUUAAUUUUCUUCAUUUCUUCAUUUCCUCGGACCAACUUUCCACGAAAAACUUUGGAGAUGUUUGCAUAGAGCAUGGUUAAGGGCAGUGGGAGUGUUUAAGAGUGUGGAAUUUUAAGUGAUUCAGGGAAAAAAUGAGUGUAUAACCUCAAUUGUUUUUGCGACUGCAAGAGCCCCAAAAAUUGUGUUUAUAUUUAUCUAAUAGUUUAUUGAUUUACCAUAAGAGCAAGAGAACAAUUCCGCAGCCAUGGCAUCAUUCACAGCAUGGGAUUAUGUGGUGUUUAUAGUGAUGCUCCUGAUCUCAGCUGGAAUUGGAGUGUACUAUCGAUUUACGGGUGGAAAGCAGAAGACGACAAAUGAAUACCUCCUAGCAGAUAGAAGUAUGAGUGUUUGGCCGGUUUCAUUCAGUUUAAUGGCGAGUUUCAUGAGUGCCAUCACAAUUCUCGGUGUCUCAAUGGAGAAUUAUCAAUUUGGUACCCUUUUUGUCAUCAUUAACAUCUCCUAUGGGCUCGCCACACCAAUUGCAUCCCACCUCUACCUUCCAGUUUUCUACAAACUCCAAGCCGCAAGUGCCUACGAGUACCUCGAAAAGCGCUUCGGAAGAGCCACAAGACUCUGUGCCAGCAUUGCGUACUCACUCCAAAUGAUUCUGUACAUGGGAAUUGUUUUGUACGCACCAGCAUUGGCUCUUGAGGCUGUCACGGGAAUGUCUCGAGUUGCUUCAGUUCUAUCAAUAGGAAUUGUUUGUACUUUUUAUUCAACAAUUGGCGGAAUGAAGGCUGUCCUCAUCACUGAUGUUUUCCAAUCAAUUCUCAUGUUUGCAGCGGUUUUCAGUAUCAUUAUUGUAGCAGCAAUUCUUGCCGGUGGUUUGGGAGAAAUUUGGCGUGUAGCCGAAGAGGGAAAUCGUAUUGAAUUUUUAAACUUUAAUCCUGAUCCAACUGUACGACACACGUGGUGGUCCUUAAUAAUUGGCGGAGGCUUUACGUACCUGUCUCUCUAUGCUGUGAAUCAAACUCAGGUGCAACGUUUGCUGACAGUGCGAAGUUUGAAGGCGUCCCAGGCAGCCCUUUGGCUCAACUGGCCCAUUCUUUCCCUCCUAAGCUUCAGCACGUCCUUCAGUGGACUCGCCAUCUACUACUACUACGCCAGAUGUGACCCACUGCUUCAAGGAAGAAUCUCAUCGAGAGACCAGUUGAUGCCGAUCUUCGUGGUGGACACAAUGCACGAGUACUCAGGUCUUCCGGGACUCUUUGUUUCCGGAAUUUUCUCGGCAAGUCUCUCCACUGUAUCUGCUGCUCUCAAUUCCCUAGCCGCUGUUACCCUCGAAGAUUACAUGAAGCCACUGUAUCAGAUGAUUAAGAAGCGCCCUCUUGUUGAGUCCAAAUCGACGCUCCCCUCCAAGCUCAUGGCUUGCGUCUAUGGAGUUAUUUGCAUAGGGAUUGCUUUUGGGACUCAAUCUCUCGGUGGUGUACUGCAAGCGGCUCUAACAGUAUUUGGCGUUGUGGGUGGACCCCUGUUUGGUCUCUUCACACUUGGGAUGUUCAACACAGUUGCCACUCAGAGGUCUGCAAUAUUUGCCCUGCUGACCGGCCUAAUCUUCUCAUUGUGGAUUGGUUUUGGUCAACCGAAGCCACCAGUAAAGAUGUUGGAGUUUUCCACCGAAGGCUGCACAGAUAGCCGCUUCAAUUCCACUUUCUAUGCCUUUACGCCAAUUUCAGAAGCUCAUUCAGCACGAUUGGCUGUUGCAGACGCCGUUCCUGAUGAUUCUGACUACUUUUGGCUAUACCGUCUCUCCUAUCUCUGGUACAGUGUCUUGGGAUUCCUCGUGACGCUCUUUGUGGGCUUAGCUUCGGCCUACAUUCUCAAAUGGCUCAAGCUCGAAGGAGAGUCGUGUAUCUAUGAGGAUGAAACAAAGGAGUGCAUCAACACAGAUCUGUUCUCACCACCAAUUGCUUGGCAACUGAAGAAGCGCUAUGCCAAAUACAUUCAAAACGGCGGCAUUGUUGAUAUGUCGAGCAACAAGAUCAUCAGCGAAAAUACAAAAUUCUAAAAAUCCAGACAGUUGUUGAUACAAAAAAAAAUUGGUUUAGAAAGUGAAUUUAAAUGAUGAGUAUUACAUACUCUAUAUUUUAUGUUAGUUAAAUGCAUAAAAAAUUAUAUAUUGCCCAUGAGAUUUUAUAUAGAAAAAUUGUUAGUUGGUGGCUCAAAUUUUUUUUUGUUUUUGUAAUAAUUAAUUUUUUGGAGGGAGGUGAAGAGAGAAAUUGUUAAAAAAUGUGCUCUUAGGGCGUAAGAAAAGAAGUCUUCCACAUUUACAAGAAAGAAUGUAGUGUUGCAACUGGAUGUACUUAUCAAUCAAUGUAGACAACAUGUGUACAUAGGCGUGAUUAGCAAUAUAACGGCAUUUCCAAGGAA